CCCAAGUAUGAAUGGUGGUCUGAGGCUCUUCAUGGAGUCUCUAACGUCGGUCCGGGGACUCGCUUUUCUAGUGUGGUCCCUGCUGCAACUAGUUUUCCUAUGCCUAUCACCAUUGCUGCUUCUUUCAACUCUACUCUCUUUGAAACCAUUGGCAGGGUGGUUUCAACAGAAGCCAGAGCAAUGCACAAUGUAGGGUUGGCUGGUUUGACAUAUUGGUCACCUAACAUUAACAUAUUUAGGGAUCCAAGAUGGGGAAGAGGCCAAGAAACACCAGGGGAAGACCCUUUGCUCACCAGCAAAUAUGCUGCCGGUUAUGUUAGAGGCUUGCAACAAACCGACGACGGCGGCGGAGAUAGGCUCAAGGUUGCUGCUUGUUGCAAACACUACACAGCUUAUGAUGUUGAUAACUGGAAAGGAAUCCAGCGUUACACUUUCAAUGCUGUGGUGUCACAGCAAGAUUUGGAUGAUACAUACAACCCACCGUUCAAGAGCUGUGUGAUUGAUGGCAAUGUUGCAAGUGUCAUGUGUUCUUAUAAUCAAGUUAAUGGCAAGCCAACUUGUGCAGACCCUGACCUUCUUAAAGGAGUUAUUCGUGACAAGUGGAAAUUAAAUGGAUAUAUAGUUUCUGAUUGUGACUCAGUAGAUGUGUUUUUCAAAAAUCAGCACUACACUAAGACUCCUGAAGAAGCUGCAGCCAAAUCCAUUCUAGCAGGACUAGAUUUGAACUGUGGUAAUUUUCUUGGGAGAUACACGGAAGGUGCUGUGAAACAAGGUCUUGUGGAUGAAGCAUCAGUUACCAAUGCUGUCUCCAACAAUUUUGCCACAUUGAUGCGCCUUGGGUUCUUUGAUGGUGAUCCAAGCAAGCAAGCAUAUGGAAACCUUGGUCCAAAAGAUGUCUGCACCGCCGCGAACCAAGAGCUUGCUCGCGAGGCUGCAAGACAAGGGAUUGUGUUGCUUAAAAACAACAAAGGGUCGCUCCCUCUUAAUGCCAAAGCCAUUAAAUCAUUGGCAGUUAUUGGUCCCAAUGCUAAUGUGACAAGAACCAUGAUUGGAAACUAUGAAGGCAUUCCAUGCAAAUACACAUCACCUUUGCAAGGGCUAACGGCCUUAGUCCCUACAAGUUAUGCUCCGGGAUGUCCAGACGUGCAAUGCGCCAAUGCGGUGCUAGACGACGCGAAAACAGUUGCAGCCUCUGCAGAUGCAACGGUUAUUAUAGUUGGAGCAAACCUGGCAAUAGAGGCUGAGAGUCUUGACAGGAUCAACAUUCUUCUUCCGGGACAGCAACAACUUUUGGUGAGUGAAGUUGCCACUGUCUCCAAGGGACCUGUGAUUCUUGUCAUAAUGUCUGGAGGAGGCAUGGAUGUUUCUUUUGCCAAAACCAAUGACAAAAUCUCCAGCAUCUUGUGGGUUGGAUAUCCCGGCCAAGCCGGUGGCGCUGCUAUAGCUGAUGUCAUCUUUGGAUUCCAUAAUCCAAGUGGAAGGCUACCUAUGACAUGGUAUCCACAAUCAUAUGUGGAUAAAGUUCCAAUGACCAAUAUGAACAUGAGGCCUGAUCCUGCAACAGGCUACCCAGGUAGAACAUACAGAUUUUACAAAGGAGAAACAGUUUUCGCCUUCGGAGACGGAUUAAGCUACUCGAAUAUUCAACACAGGUUAGUUAAGGCACCACAACUAGCAUCUAUUCCCUUAGCAGACAACCAUGUAUGUCGUUCUUCGAAUUGUAAAUCGGUUGAAGUUAGUGAUGAGCAUUGUAAAGAGUUGGUUUUGGAUAUUCACCUUGGUGUGAAGAACAUGGGAAAAAUGAGCAGUGGCCAUACAGUGUUCUUGUUCUCUACACCUCCUGCAGUGCACAAUGCACCUCAGAAACAUUUGUUGGGAUUUCAGAAAGUUCAGUUGGCAGGAAGAUCAGAAGCAUUGGUUACAUUUAAGGUAGAUGUUUGCAAAGAUUUGAGUGUUGUUGAUGAAGUUGGCAACAGGAAAGUCCCCUUGGGACAACAUCUUCUUCAUGUCGGAAACUUGAAGCAUCCUUUGCGUGUCAGGAUUUGAAACAAUACUUCAAACCAUCUACAUUUUUUUUUUUUCAUUGGCUUCCUUACAAGAAUUUUUUAAGGGGGCAAAAAAUAAGCUUAAGGUAAUUGUAACAAAUUUAUCUGGAUUUUCUCUUAUUUAAAUAAGUGAAAUCAGGAUCAAUUGUAUAA